GGCUUUGAAGCAGAUGGCGGCGGCGGCGGCGGCGGGGAGCGGAUUACUGAAUUGGCCAGAGGGGAGGAGGGGAUAACCGGGAGAUUCACAUUAGCUGAGACCGGGGACCAAAGGCUAACUCCCAAAAAGCCACAUUGCAAAUCAGUUGUUCGCGGAAUAUCAACACAUUUGCACACAGAGAAAAAAAAACGAGGCUGUAGGCCGUGAAGCCUGGGGGUAGAGUGGACACCCGACCCAGUUGAAGCCUAGGGGGGAGGGUGUGAAGGUUUGCUCUGAAACGCGGAUCCAGGUUUCAGAAUGGAUUACCAGUAGAAACCAAGUUCGUUGUAAAACAACAGGGGCGUUGGCGACACAAACUGACCGUGGGUUUGUAUUUGAUUUUAGCAUCUGAAGAAUGACUGGCAGAAAGUAGCCCGUGACACCCUGGUUUAACUUUACAAACGCCAGUAUGAGAUUUGUUUCCCAAUUUGUCUGCGAAGGUUUCAGAUCCGCACCGAUUUGCAAGUCUGCCUGUCGUUUUUGAAUUUCAGCUGGCUGUUUGUGUGCUUGAUGAGGGCGCCGGUAUAGUGCACCAUGACGAGGAAGUGUGCCCUAGGACCGGUAUCGCUUGGAGGAUGUAACUUUUUGUUUAUUAUUUAGUAAAAUGGCUGCAAUUGUGUUCGGUUCAGCAUUUUCUGUAUUUAGGUAGUAUUAAUAAUAAUAGCGGCAUAUUUCACUGUGCUUUGAUUUUAAGCAAAAGGACACGAACAUUCAUACUUUAGUAGUGAAGCACUAAGGCAUGGGAAACACGGUGUCGUGUUGCGUUUCACCUGGUGGGAGUCCCAAGGUGAGCCGGCCACGCAGGCAGCCGGAGCAUCCGGAUGUCUACCAAGUGGAGGCAGAAUUGUAUGAACCCGAUUCCGGACCCUCUCUGCAGCACAUCAGCGACAGAGAGGUACCCGACGAUUUAGCGCCAGAAGCCAAUCCAUCGGACCACCCAAGGGCAAGUACCAUCUUCCUCAGCAAGUCCCAGACAGAUGUGAGAGAUAAAAGGAAAAGCAAUUACAUAAACCAUGUGUCCCCUGGGCAGCUCUCUAAGAAGUACAGCUCCUGUUCUACGAUAUUUCUUGAUGACAGCACAGUCAGCCAGCCUAAUUUAAAAAGCACAAUAAAGUGUGUUACUUUAGCAAUAUACUACCACAUAAAGAACAGGGAUUCGGACAGAUCGCUUGAUAUCUUUGAUGAAAAGCUGCAUCCUCUAUCGAGGGAAGAGGUGCCUGAAGAUUACUGCAGGAGUGACCCAGAACAUAAGCACAUCUACCGGUUUGUCAGAACCCUCUUCAGUGCUGCCCAGCUCACAGCGGAGUGUGCCAUAGUAACCCUGGUUUAUCUGGAACGCCUGCUGACGUACGCAGAGAUUGAUAUUUGUCCCAGUAAUUGGAAGAGGAUUGUACUGGGUGCUAUCUUACUGGCAUCGAAAGUGUGGGAUGACCAGGCUGUAUGGAAUGUGGACUACUGCCAGAUCCUUAAAGACAUCACUGUGGAGGACAUGAAUGAAAUGGAAAGGCAGUUCUUGGAGCUGCUGCAGUUUAACAUUAACGUUCCAGCCAGCGUUUACGCCAAAUAUUACUUUGACCUGCGCUCGCUGGCAGACGACAACCACAUGAACUUCCCCCUGGAGUCCCUCAGCAAGGAGAGGGCACAGAAGCUGGAGGCAAUCUCCAGGCUGUGUGAGGACAAGUAUAAAGACCUGAGUAAAGUUGCAAUGAGAAGAUCGUUGAGUGCCGAUAAUCUAGUGGGAAUCCGUCGCUCUAACGCAGUGCUGUCCUAGACACUGAGUGGCACUGCUACUGCAGAGAGGGGCUUUACUGGGAGUCCUUCACCCAGAGAGGGCAGCGCUCCCAUUAACCCUGUCUGCCACAACAAGCACACUCCAAUAAAGAGAAAAUAUAUACAAAUUGAAAGAGAAAAACAGAUGCUGCUUCGACAGCACACAACUCUGCUGAAAUACCCAGAGGUGCAAAAUAAAAAAAGGGGCUUGCUUACUGUGUAGGCUAAGAGCUGUGAAAGCUGUCUGGUUUUAAUUGAAAAUCAUUUGCCGAUGGAGUAUUUUAAAUAAACACUAAUCGAGUAAUUUUGUUUUGACUUUUCCCAGAGUUCUAGAGAGCUGUAUCUAAGCUUAUGGCUGAAGUACUGUAUGUUCAUAUUCCAAAUGGAAGCACGAUUAUUAACAGUUUUGCAGUGUGUGUGUGUGUGUGAUUUUUUUUUUAUAAGGAUUGUAUGGCAAGAUGGAUGAGGGAGUUCAAAGAUCUCUAAUAUCGGAUUCCUCUGUCCUGUUGAAUACCUCAUUACAACCUUUAGCUUUAUACUUGGAGUGAAAAGAAACCAACCAAAACAUCUGCUGACAUGGUAUAAUAUUUUAUUAGCAAUCGAUAUAGCAUGCACCCUGAAGAUCUUCAUUGUUAAUUGAGAUUUGUUUUCCUCUGCUAAAACAAAACAAAGUUGUCGUAAGGUGAUUGCAUCAUUGCGAUUGCUGUUUUUCUACAUUCAAAAAAUCAAAUAAAUAUAGGGAUGCAUGGUAUAUCCGCUUAUAUAAAAUACUUUUAUAUAGUGAUGUAUAUCUGUUUUUGUUGCUGAUGGCCACCAGCCUUUUACUGGCCGCUGUAUCCAUUCCAUUGUGAUUGGCACAUAACACCUUUGCUCUUUCAAUAUGACCGCUUUUAUUGCUAGUAAGAGCUAUUCAAUAACUCUUUUAAUGGGAGAGGGGGAGGAGGAAGUCUCAUGAAAAAUGUUAAUAUCAUUGAUAAAAAUAACAUUUCAAUGCAGUCUGGCCGUAUCUUGUCAUUGACAGAGAGCACAGUUGCAAACACAAUACUCUCUAGCUCAGUGUUGGAUUAAUUGACAGUAUGUACAGUGCUCCCUUGCUAGAAGGCUCUUGAUUUAUAUUCCCUAUAUUAGUGAUUCAUGCAGUAUUGGUGGUGUUCAAACAAAUAAACAACUUCUCCAUGUAACUUCUGUUUUUCUCUCUCCCUUUUGAUACUGUAUCUGAACUGAAGAAAAGCUGCGCUGGCUCUUUAUAACACAGACAUUUCUUUUAUAACUAAAUAAAUAUUAGGCCUAUUGUGUGGUUAUCUUUCCUAAUGUAUUUCUUUUUUUGCUGCACCUUUCUCUGGGAGAUGAGACGCCUCGCUUCAGCCUGGCUCCGCCAGCCGAACCUGGGACGAGCCCAUUCCCUCUUCCCCUCGCCCGACGUGCUCUCCUUCUUGCAUGCACUUGGUUUGCUUGUCUGUCGCUUCGAACUGAACUCCCAAUUGCAGUUUAGCCAGGCUAUUUGUACUUUAGAAACUUCUAAUUAAAGUGAUCCACUAGUGGGGGUUUUUUUUUUUUUUUUUUUUUUUGGUAAGAAAUAUACUGUUGAUUACAUGGUGCUUUAUGCAUGGUUAAUUUAAGGGAAGUUCUGUAUUUGCUUCACUAUAUGUGCAUUACAGAGAAGUUGUUAUUUUAUAUUUGUCAGAUGUGUCCCCAGUGCCCCUCACCCCCUCCCAUUUAUAACGCUCAGAUUGUGUGUCCCCCGAGGCCCAUGUUAUAGUAAGGGAGCACUGUAUUCACUUUCUGUAUACUUACAGGGCAGGCUAAUCUUGUAAUUGGUUCUUAUUUGAACUUCCCAAAGGAGGGUGCUAAAAUAAUGCUUCCAGGUCAUUUACAAAAUGUUAUCACAUUGAGGCAAAGGGCACAGGGUGUUGUAUUGAAACUGUCCAUGCCAGGUUAGAGUACUAAUUGUCAAAUAACCCACAACCCCUGAAGAAGUGUGCAACAACAGACCAUGUCCUUGUAUUGUGUUAUAGAAUGUUUUUAUUGAACUUGCAUUUAUAGGUUAAAACAUUCUAGAUACUGUAGGUUCCAUUGUGAUUUUUUUUAUUUUAUUUUAGUAUUUUACAUUAAGAAUCCCAUUCAGACCCCACCCAUCCAAGAGCUUACACCAAAAUAAAAUCUCCAAGCUGCUUUUUCCAUCUGUGACAUGAUACUUGAAAGCAUAAAAUGACUGUUUGCUCGUUUCCUUUCUUAUUUACCUCUAAUGUGAUGUAACAUUGUCUUGGGCCCAUCAUCCACUUGGUUGUCCUUGUCUUUCUGCUCAAUUGAAAUCCUGUGUCAAACAGAAAGAAAUAAUAGCAAUCUUGGAAUCUUUGGGUCCACUAAUGUAUUUAAAUGGUUUAUUAUGUAGAUGAUUUGUUAUCAAAGUUAAAUUAGUGUAAGGAAGGUUCCACUCCAACAGUCGUGGUUGUGUGCGAAACUAGAGCAAGUAGGAACAAUAUGGUAAAUGGGGAUACGGUUUCAUAACCUUGUCUAUAAAUAAACCUUGUGUUCAUAAGGGUUGUAUUCGGCUUUCUACUUACUGUGCACAGUGGUAUCGGAUGACCAAUCUGUCGGGCAGUAGGCAGUAGCUGCAUUUUAUAAACCACAAACCCACGAUUCAGCAAUGGGGAUUGGUAUCUGUAAAAAUGCACAUCAUGUAACGAUUGUAAAGGAAAGUUGAUUGCUGCCUUUAUGUUUCAUAGUACCCACUCCGUGUUCCAGUGUGAUAAUUCACAAGCGUGCUAUGCUGUUCCUCAGAGGACUGGUUCAUUUACCUUAGUCAAUAAAAAGCAUGCUCUUCCAUGGAAA